AUGGCAGGAAUCAUGCUUAGUGCAGUUAAGACAGACAGAGCAGUUGAGCAUAUGCCGUGAUACAAGACAACGCUGAGCAACGUGCAGCUGAACCUGAUUAUUCCUGGCUCAGUACUGAGAGAAAACCUGCAGAGGACAGCAAAUACUGGAAAUAUUCUGACAAAGAUAUCAGGUGUUUCUUAUGGACUGGUGACAAACUGCUGGAGACUGAAACUCUCCUUUCAAAAUCUUAAACAAGAUGCCUGUGAUGAAGGGCUUACUUGCUCCACAAAAUACCUUUUUGGACAGCAUUGCAAACCACUUUGAUGGAAGUCACAGUAACUUCCUUCUGGGAAAUGCUCAAGGUUGCCAUGAUUAUCGCAUCGUCUAUUGUUCUGAUGGGUUUUGCGAGCUGACCGGCUUUGUUCGGACUGAGGUAAUGCAGAAAACCUGCACCUGCAGCUUCCUUCAUGGGGCUGAGACCAGUGAUAGUGUGAUGGAGCAGGUGCACAAAGCUCUGGAGGGCCAGCAGGAGUAUCAAGGAGAGAUCUGCUUUUACAGGAAAAAUGGAAAUCAGUUUUGGUGUCUCCUGGAUAUUGUCCCAAUUAAAAACGAGAAAAGUGAGGUGGUGCUGUUUCUGCUGUCCUUUAAAGAUGUCAGCGAAUCAUAUGGGAAAAGCCAUCACUACGUCCAUGAAGAUGAGGCCACCAAAGAAAACCGAAAAAGCAGCCGAUCGUAUUUUAUUAGAGCUCAGAAAAGGGGGAGGACUGUUCUGCACCGCCUGAAUAACCUGGUUACAAAGAGAAGCAAGAGGAAACUGACUAAUAGCAUGUUCCAGAAACCCUCCCUGCCCGAGUACAAAGUGGCCUCUGUGAAGAAAUCACGUUUCAUCCUGCUGCAUUACAGCCUCGUCAAGGCCAUGUGGGACUGGCUGAUCCUGCUGGCGACGUUCUACGUUGCCGUCACCGUACCUUUCAACGUCUGCUUUGUCAGCCACAGCGAGGGCGGCGAUCAUCUUUCACUGGUCACUCGCAGCACCACGUGGAGCGACAUAGCGGUGGAGAUGCUCUUCAUAGCUGAUAUUAUCCUGAAUUUCCGCACCACAUACGUGAGCCAGUCGGGUCAGGUAGUGUACGAUGCCCGGUCCAUCUGUCUGCAUUACUUCACUACCUGGUUCUUUGUGGAUCUGAUUGCAGCAUUGCCGUUUGACCUUCUCUAUGCGUUCAACAUCUCAGUGACCUCCCUGGUGCACCUUCUGAAGACGGUGCGUCUGCUGCGCUUGCUGCGCCUCCUGCAGAAACUGGAUCGUUACUCCCAGUACAGCGCGAUGGUCCUCACGCUGCUCAUGUCUGUGUUUGCCCUCCUGGCUCACUGGAUGGCCUGCAUCUGGUAUGUCAUUGGACGCAAGGAGAUAGAGAGCAGUGAUCCUGUUACCUGGGACAUAGGGUGGCUUCAGGAGUUGGGGAAGCGUCUGGAGACGCCAUACGUCAACGGCACCAUGGGUGGACCCUCAAUUCCCAGCGCCUACAUCGCCUCCCUGUACUUCACCCUCAGUAGCCUCACCAGCGUCGGUUUUGGCAAUGUUUGUGCCAACACAGAUGCCGAGAAGAUCUUCUCCAUCUGCAUCAUGCUGAUUGGUGCCCUGAUGCACGCAGUGGUCUUUGGCAAUGUGACGGCCAUUAUUCAGCGCAUGUACUCACGGCGCUCACUCUACCACACCCGCAUGAAGGACCUCAAGGACUUCAACCGUGUGCAUCGACUCCCUCAGCAGCUGAAGCAGAGGAUGCUGGAAUACUUUCAAGCCACCUGGUCGGUCAACAAUGGCAUAAACGUAAAUGAGCUGUUGCAUGACUUCCCGGACGAACUGCGAGCAGACAUCGCCAUGCAUCUGAACAAAGACAUCCUGCAGCUGCCUGUGUUUGAGAGAGCCAGCAGAGGGUGUCUGCGUUCGCUCUCCCUGCACAUCAAGACUUCCUUCUGCGCACCAGGGGAGUACCUCAUCCGCCAUGGAGAUGCCCUGCAUGCUAAUUAUUUUGUCUGCUCCGGUUCUCUUGAAGUCUUGAAAGACGGUAUGGUCCAAGCUAUUCUGGGCAAAGGUGACCUGAUAGGGGCCAACCUGCCAGAACAUGAUCAGGUGAUCAAGACAAAUGCGGACGUGAAGGCGCUCACCUAUUGUGACUUGCAGUACAUCAGUGUCAAGGCUUUGAGAGAGGUCCUCAGGUUGUAUCCAGAGUAUGGCAGUCGCUUCAGCUCUGACAUCCACCACAACCUUACCUACAACUUGAGAGAGGGCAGUGAUUACCAUGCAGUAAGGAGAUUUCCAUUGACUCCGAAGCAAUCUCUGGGCCAUUUCCCUUUGGAUCACAAGCCACCCUACGUCAUCGAGGGAGGUGAUGAAGAACAAGCAAAUGACAUGAAACCUCCGUGGCAGAGCAGAGUACCUCUCCUACAAGGUUCUGGCAGUCUGGUUCAGUGUUCCCGUCUCAGCACUUUAGGGCAGGAGCUCCAACAAUUCCAAGCGCUCCACCCUUGUCGAUCGCCCGCUCCUCAACACCAAGGCUGCGGCCGCCCUCCCGGGUCUUCUGUCGGCGAAGAGCUUUCUCCAUCUCAUUCUCGCAGUCUCCGAAAUGAUUCCGGUUUAAGUCAUCGGCCAUCCAAGUUACUGCUUCCAUCCCUGUCUUGUGUUAGUCCUCUCAACCUGAGUCCCAGGGUCGUGGAUGGAAUUGAGGACAACAGCCACUCAUUUCAGUUUAAUAUAGAGCAGGGGGAUGCAAAGACUAAUGUUUCAGAUGAAUUCCAGGUGAAUGCAAACCUGCUAAUUGAGACAGAAGAAGUGAAACAAAACAUGAGCAAAUUAAAUAAAGAGGUGAACAACUUAAAUGAAGAAGUGUCCAGCCUGACUAAGGAGCUCCAUGGCAUAAUGGAUUUCCUGCAGUCAAACUUGCCCACGCUUCACCACGUCUCUCCUCCUGGGGUGACGAGAUGUAGUGACUGGCAGCCUCGUGUCUCUUUAGAUUCAUCGAGUGAACUACACCUGAGUCAUGAAACGAUUAGCUACCCAGCCAGAAAUGCAUGGGACUGCAGCCGAAUGCCAUCCCACAGCACAGCUCCCUCUUUGCUGCUUUCUUCGAGCUCUGCGUCCACUUGUUCGCACCUACGCUGCUCUGACAGAGAUGGGACAACAGCCGACGGGCUACAGAGCCAGUACGCUCCGUUUCAAACACCCAGAGCCACCCCAGGCUCCCCUUAUAUGAUCCACCCUCAAACCCAUGGAGGUUCAUCCCUCCUGGGCAUUAGCUCAGCUUUUAGUAGCUUUUCUGUGAUUUGUCAGGGCCCCCAGGGUGUCUACAAUACAUCCAGUCCUGAAAAAGAUAACACUAAUCAACUAUGUUCUACAGUAAACUGUGGGCACUCUCCUCCUAAAUUGAAUUUUCUGGCCAACUCACAAAGUCUCGCCAAUCCCCAGACACCAGUUCAUUCUCCGAAUAAUCUCAGCGGACAGCCACAGUUUCACACAGCCUUCAGCUCUCUGACACCCUCAGGAGCCCACACUUCAGUGUCCACAGAGCAUAACAAGAGCCAGCAGAGCUCUACAAGACCAAAUGACCCAGUGGGGUCCAGUCCUGUCCAUCACUCACAGGACCGUGCGUAUUCUUUGCUGGGGCAGCUUUCAAACAGCGAGUGUGGAGGUUCACUCUACUGUGAAAGGACAGAAGAUUGUGGAGCACGUGAAAAUGUAUUGGAAAAAUUACAAUAAUCAAAUCU